GCGGUGACGAUAAUCCUCAUUUAGACAUAGCACGCAACAUUCUUAUCAUAUUUUCUGCAUUUCAUCCACAAAUCGGUUAUACUCAAGGAAUGAAUGAUAUUUUAAGUAGGUUUUUAGUAGUACUCGAUUCCGAGUUCGAAGCUUAUUGGUGUUUUGUUAAGUAUAUAGAAAACACUCAGCAAGAUUAUCAUCCCGAUGGAAUGGUGAAAAAAUUGGAUACAUUUUGUAACUUACUGGAGAGAAUUGAUCCGGAAUUAUACUUUUUUCUUAUUGAAGCACAAAUUGCCACUCAGCUAUUCACUAGAUGGUUUUUAGUCACUUUUAAAAGAGAACUAGAAUAUAAUGAUGCCCUGAGACUGUUUGAAAUAUUAUCUAGCCGCUAUUUAGAGAUGAAUUCACUGGAAACUCAGAGAGUAAAACAGUUUGGAGAAAUAGCGAUAAAGCAAGCUGGAAGAAGAAUUUAUUACGGCGAACCAAUUAACAAUUCUGAUUUAACGUUUGACUUAUUUGUAUGCUUGGCUCUUCUUGUGCUUAAGAGAAGGUGCAUUUUGCUGUCUAAAGACGGAAUGGUUUUAGGAGAUCUACUUUGCAAUAUCGGAAAAGGAGUAGAUCUUAAGACCAUUUUAAACGUCGCUUCUCAUUUGUUGUUCGAUUAUUGCAGGAAGUCUGGAAUGGAAAGUUUCUUAUAGUUAAAAAAAAUAAAAUAAAAUCAUGUUUAAGAGCUGUUUUUAAAAUUUUUAA